AUGACUCAAAAUCCAGUAUAUAAGGAUAUCACUGAAGAACAAAGAAAGAAUAAUCAAUAUGCUAGACUAGUUCCUGGACAAACAAUAGUAGAAGUUCCCACCUAUACUUUGGAAUGUGGUGAAACUCUAAAAAAUUUUCCAGUUGCUUACAAAACUUGGGGAAGACUCAAUAAAGAUAGGGACAAUGUGGUGCUAAUCUUCCAUGCCCUAACAGGCUCAUCAGAUGUUCAAGAUUGGUGGGGUCCUCUUCUUGGGACUGAUAGAGCAUUUGACCCAUCAAGAUUUUUCAUCGUGUGUAUAAACUUCCUAGGUUCGCCGUAUGGUUCAUGCUCUCCUGUCACUAUUGAUAAAGCAACAGGGAAACCAUAUGGUCCUUCGUUUCCUCUCGUUACCAUCAAAGACGAUUUAGGUAUUCAAAAGUUGAUAUUAGACUCUUUGGAUGUACGUGCAAUUGCCUGUGUCGUGGGGGGCUCUAUGGGAGGUAUGAUUGCAAUGGAGUAUUCUGCGACUUAUGAUAAGACAGGUUACGUAAAAAGUGUUAUAGCUUUAGCUACGUCAGCACGAGCCUCGGCGUGGUGCAUCUCUUGGAAUGAAACUCAACGACAAAGUAUAUUUAGUGACCCAAACUAUGAUGAUGGUUACUAUUAUGAGAAUCCAGAGGGUUCAAAGCCUAAUUCUGGAUUAAGUGCUGCAAGAAUGGCGGCACUCUUAACUUACAGAUCUCGUAACUCAUUUGAAACUAGAUUUGGUAGAAAAAAGCCCUCUGACAACCAAAAGGCAACCGAAGAUAACAGAAAGCAAGAAGAAUUAGAAAAAGGAAUCAGAUAUCCUCAAAAUAAGGAUGAAGAAAAUUGGCUUUUGCACAAUGAAGGUUCCCGGACUUCAUUAAAUAGACUCAACCUGCGCUUGGAAUCGUCAAAACCACAAACUUACUUCACAGCUCAAUCAUAUUUGAGAUAUCAAGGAAACAAAUUUAUUAAAAGGUUCGAUGCUAAUUGUUACAUAUCUAUCACCAGAAAAUUAGACACGCAUGAUAUCACCAGAAAUAGAGUACCCAACUUGUAUCUGGAUGAAGAUCCGCUUCCAAAGUAUUUAGAGACAUUGACACUUCCACACUUAAUUAUUGGCAUCAUGUCAGAUGGACUAUUUACUUAUAGUGAACAACAAUUACUUGGAGAGCAUCUUCCGAAUUCGAAAUUGAUACAGCUUAAUUCUCCUGAAGGACACGAUGCAUUUUUAUUGGAAUUUAAACUUAUAAAUGACUACUUUAUCGACUUUAUGAAGGAUAAACUCUCGGAAUUUUUCGAUCCUUAUUCUGAUAAAGUUCAAAUAUUCGAUGAGUGGGAAAAGCAUGUUCUUUCUGUUGAUAAUAAUGGAGAUUCUGUCUUCGGUGAGGCAGAGAAAAAUAUCACGAAUUGGUGA